AUGCAAUAGAGUUCAUUUAUCUAAAAUAAUUAGUAAUAUGGUUCGAUGCAAUUAUUGAGAAAAGAUGUUAAAGAUUAGUUAUUUACUAGAUUUUAAAAUUAAAAGAACACAAUUAAGUAGGUAAAAGAAAAAGCUAUGAUUACAUGGAAACCCUUAGUAAAGGCAAAUUAAUCUCCAAAAUCUCCUAGGACAUAAUAAGUGACACCUUAAUAAUCUCCUUUAAGAGUCAAACAAUAUUCAAAACAUUCUCCUGGAAGAUUGUCUUUCUAAAAAUCAAGUCUUGAAUUGAAUUCUGUUAAUUCUAGGUAACGUCAUGUCGUAAUUUAUUAGUUUGAUGAUACCGAAGAAAACACUGAAUGAAAUUGUACCAGUCGAAAAAAUUUAAGAUUUAGUUCAAUCAUUAAAGAGUUAGAAUUAUGGUGCUUCAGAUUUAUAUAUGUAGGAACUAAGAAAAUUAUCAAUUUUAAUCUAAAAUGAGUGA